UUCACAUGCCACAAAUAGGCAUGUAACACUGCAGGACCCGUUAACAAAUAGGCACAGGCUGCAGGUAUAAAGUGUCACUUUCAACACCAAAGCCGAGGGACAAGCACUUCACUGCAGACAUGAGUCAAGACUUGGAUAUUGAGCGCUGUGAUCUUGACAUUGUGCGCAACAGCAGCAGCCAUCAUACAGAGCAAUAUGGAAAGGAGCGUUUGAUUGUGAGAAGGGGACAGCCCUUCAAUAUCCUUUUACAUCUGAAACCUGGCAGAAACGAGUUAAAACCAAGUGGAAAAAGCUUCACACUCAUUGUUGAGACUGGUCCAGAACCCAGAACAGAAUCAGGCACAAAGGUUUCUUUUGGUCUAAGUGACUCCAAAGUGGGCAAUGAGUGGAGCGCAACUGCCACUAAUGAUCCGUCUGGAAACACAGUGUCUGUAUCUAUCAGUUCCUCACCCAAUGCCCCCAUAGGCGUCUAUUCUCUGACUCUGGACCAGGGGGGGCAGAGGACCAGUUUAGGACAGUUCACCCUGCUUUUUAAUGCUUGGUGCUCCAGAGAUGCUGUCUACAUGCGCAGUGAGAUGAAGAGGCAAGAGUAUGUUUUAGCACAACAUGGGCAAAUCUACAGAGGAACAUACAAACGAAUCAAAGGGAAACCCUGGAACUUUGGGCAGUUUGAACCAGGAGUACUGGAUAUCUGUCUGAAGAUCCUGGAUAAAAACCCGAAAUGUAUCUUUGAUGCUGAUAAGGACUACUCUAGCAGGAGAAAUCCCAUCUAUGUGACCAGGGUGCUGAGUGCUAUGAUCAACAGUAAUGAUGAUGAUGAAGGUGUGCUGGUUGGAAACUGGGGAGAGGUUUUAGAUGGGGUUCAUCCAGGAACUUGGAUCGGCAGUGGGGACAUAUUGCACCAGUGGGCAGAAAGUGGCCCUGUCCGCUACGGCCAGUGUUGGGUCUUUGCUGCUCUUGCAUGCACAGUGUCCCGGGCCCUGGGCAUCCCAUGUCGAGUGGUUACUAACUUUCAAUCGGCUCACGAUACCAACGCCAACCUGAUGAUAGAAAAGUUGUAUGAUGAAGACGGAAAAAGAAUGUCUCAUGCUGAUUCGAUAUGGAACUUCCACGUUUGGGUGGACAGCUGGAUGACUCGUCCUGAUUUGGGGCAAGAGUUCGAUGGGUGGCAAGCCAGUGACCCAACCCCACAGGAGAAAAGUGAAGGUGUUUUCUGUUGCGGACCGUCCUCUCUUAAGGCCAUCAGGGAAGGUGAUCUAACCAAGAAGUAUGAUACUCCCUUUAUUUUUGCUGAGGUGAAUGCAGAUGUUGUGGAUUUGGUGCGCUUGUCAAAUGGAGAGACUGUCAAGUUCAGGGAUUCAACUGACUCCAACUGUGUUGGACGCUUCAUCAGCACCAAAGCUGUGGGCUCAGAUGAGAGAAAUGACAUUACACACCAUUACAAGUAUCCGGAAGGCUCAAAGGAGGAGAGGCAGGUGUAUGAAAAGGCUCAACACCACAACAAGCUACAGCAACUAGGAGAAGAGCCGGGACUCGCUCUCAAGAUCAAACUGGCUAAAAACAUGAGUGUUGGCUCGGACUUUGAGGUGUACGCUGUCCUCACUAAUAACUGCGUGGAGGCAAGGACCUGCACCUUCCUGUUCUUCGCUGAAGCUGUCAGCUACAAUGGAAAACUAGGGAACAGCUGCGGAUUUGUUUCAGGAAAAGUGGAGGUACCAUCUGGAGAAGAAAGGCACCUUUUUCUCAGACUGGAUUAUGACCGUUAUGGAUCAGUGAUUACCUCUGACAGGUUAAUCAAGCUGUCAGCCAUCGCCAUCGACAAGCAGGUUGUAGAAUACCAUAAGGCUGAGAAGACCAUUGUACUGGAUGAGCCAGAAAUAGAGAUCAAGCUGCUGGGAGAAGCCAAAGUAAAUCAGUCUGUGACAGCAGAGCUGACCUUGUGGAACCCCUUACCAAAGACGCUGCAGGACUGCAGCUUCACUGUAGAGGGGGUCGGCCUCACUAACGGCAAACCCAUAACAGCGAGGAUUGGAACUGUGGACCCAGAACAGAAAGCCAAGGCCAGGGUUGAGUUUAGUCCUACCAGUGCCGGCUCCAGGGUGCUGUUGGUGAACUUUGACAGCAACAAACUGAAGAACAUCAAGGGCUUCAGCAAUGUUGUUGUAAAGGAAUGAGCCCGUACACAAGUCUAUCACCAGAUUGCUUUUUAUUUUGUUGUUGUUUAUUAGAUUUAAUUAUUUAAAAGGGACAACACACAUUAAUCAACAUAGAUUGAACAGAGUCCAACAUGUAAAUGUGCCACAUUUAGCCAUGAAGGCUAACUGUCAUCUGCAGUCCCUAGCAGGUUGAUAGUUUUAAAAUGGUUUAAUGGGACUACAGAACGUGAAGAUUACAAGGCUGCUCGUAGUGGCUUGAAGCUUUUUUUUCUUAUUAUUUUUAUCCAUAUAUUAUUUUUGAAUGUACCAUACUAAUAUAAUUUCCACAAAAAUAUGAUUUUUGUCUUGACUUACCGUUCCAGUGCCUCUUUAGUAGGCUAGAAAACCAUUAUUAAUGAUGAUAAUAAAUGUUAUUAAGUGGGGGAGGGGCACAGUUCCAGAGACAACUACAGUGUUUACUGUACAUAUAUAAAAUAGUUAGAAAAAGAUAAGUAUGGUUUGUAUACGCAUUAU